AUGGGAAGCAUUAGUAUCGAUAAAGAAGUGAAUGGUCCGCCGACCGAGCGAGACUCGUACCAGAUCGAGGAAUAUCCGCUGGGUGAGGCCAGAUCACUCAAAGUCAUCUGCAUUGGAGCAGGCGCGACGGGAUUGAAUCUCGUCUAUCGAGCUCGAAGGCAUCUUAAGAACAUCGAUCUCACGGUGUACGAAAAGAAUUCUUCGAUAGGAGGCACGUGGUUCGAGAAUGUCUAUCCUGGUUGUGCGUGCGACAUCCCUUCUCACAUUUAUCAAUUCUUGUGGGCACUGAACCCGGACUGGAGUUCUUUCUACGUCACUGGACCGGAGAUCUUCAAGUACUUUACUGAAGUAGCCGAGCGGUACCAGCUCCACCAAAACAUCAAGACACAACACGUCGUCACGAGGGCAGAGUGGUGCGAAGAGGACGGUAUCUGGAAUGUGACCGUCAUCGACCAGACCACGGGACAAGAAAUCCAAGACUCGUGCCACUUCUUGGUCAAUGGAGCUGGAUUUCUGAACCACUGGCAGUGGCCUGACAUUCCGGGGCUUCAGUCGUUCAAGGGAACCCUUCUCCAUUCGGCACAUUGGGAUCAAAGUGUCGCGUUGUCAGGAAAACGGAUUGCAGUCAUAGGGAACGGCUCUUCAGGCAUCCAGCUUGUGACCGCUUUACAACCGCUUGCCGAGCAUCUGACCAAUUUCAUACGAAACCCGACGUGGAUCUCCACGUCCUAUGCUCAGGCCUUUGCUGGUCCUAAUGGAGCCAACUUCUCUUGUACGAGUCUUUCAGCUCUUCUGGACAAUUCCCAACAGCAAAAAGAAGAGUUCCGCAAAGACCCUGCAAAGUUCUUGCAGUAUCGCAAAGCUAUUGAAACAGACAUGAACAGCAAUUUCGCGUUUUCUCUCAAAGACUCCCCCCAACAAGCUCUAGCCGUGGAUGGAAUCACGAAAAUGAUGAAGGCUCGACUGGGUUCUCGCAGUGAAGAUCUAUCGGAUGUACUUAUCCCUACUGAAUUCGGCUUUGGCUGCAGGCGACCAACCCCAGGAACGGGAUAUUUGGAAGCGCUCACGGCUCCCAAUGUCACGGUCGAAUAUGAUUCGAUUGGGGAGGUAGUUGAGAAUGGCAUCAGACUAAAGAAUGGCACUGUCCUGGAGUUCGACGCAGUCAUCUGUGCGACGGGCUUUGAGACGUCGUGGCGCCCACGCUUUCCUAUUAUCGGGCGCGACGGCAUCGAUCUGCGCAAGCAAUGGAAAGACCGGCCCAAGAGUUAUCUGUCGUGCACGGUGGCAAACUUUCCCAACUACUUUGUUUUCCUCGGCCCUAAUUCUCCACUGAGCCACGGCUCGGCAUUGCCCAGUAUAGAGCACUUGACCAAGUAUCUCUUCCAGCUGAUCUACAAGGUCCAGACCCAGAAUUACAAGGCGGUUGAGCCGCUGGAAGAGGCAGUCGACGACUUUAUCGAGCACGCUGACAAGUUCAUGGAGCGGACUGUGUGGGCAGGGAAAUGUCGUUCGUGGAUGAAGGGUGGGAAGAAAGACAGUCCUCCACUCACACACCCCGGCAGUCGAUUACACUGGUUCCAAAUGCUGCAAGAGCCGCGCUGGGAGGACUACAAGUGGACUCGGCGUUCCCGCAACCGAUUUGCAUACCUGGGCAACGGGUGGUGUACGAUGGAUGAGGAAGGCAAGGACAAGGCUUGGUAUAUGGAUGAUCCGGACCAAGGUUUCGAGCGUCUCAUUUACUAG